UUGCGAACACCUCCGGCCUAUCGGUUGCCAUGGCAGCGAACGAACGGCUCGCUGCGGCGCGCGCCAGUCUAGUCCCCACUGAUGCGAAGCGUUCCGUCUGAAAGCGUUGCGACGUCACCAGUCUGUGAGAUGCGACGGCUCCCUGCAGACGCGUAACGUUGUUUCGGGCAUCCUCGGAGGUUCACAACUACCUAGUUUGUGAAAUGUAAUGCGCUGUGCGUAGUCGUAUUCGGCAGACAGGACGGUAUUGGACUAGCUGCGCACAUGCCGCUCUGCAUCGGAUCGACCAUGGCAGCCAUAAUGUGGGAUUACGCGAGGCAAGAACGGCUGUGCGCAGAGGUGGCAAAGCACCCCUUAUUAUUCGACAGGAAAACUUCGGGUUAUAGCGAUCCCGUGCAAAGGUCACAUGCAUGGCGUGUCAUUGGGAGAGCUCUAAACUACCCAGAUGAGGAGUGUCACAAACAGUGGCGUACGAUACGUGACAAGUACGUGCGUGAAGUUCGCCAGGGGAGAGAAGACGGUGACACAGGAAUGGAUCAAGUGCAGUCGAGCUGGCCACUCUUUAGAUGCUUGGGAUUUUUAAGAGGUCACAUUCAAAUGAGAAGGAACCAUCGGAUGCUCGAACAAGAUCGCGCUGAUAAACAGUGCCAAGCGGCAGCAUCUGGGACGGAUAUGAUACUGCAGUGUGACGUGGAGACACCAAGGUUACUCGAAGUUCUGGUGAAUGGUGGCGAUGCGUCUUCGACUGAAGAACCUGCGGUCAAAAUCACUGGAAGCGUGGGAGAGUACUGGGAGCACGAGGAAAGCCACGAGGACACUUCCGAAGCGUCGGACACAUUCCGCGAACUGCAGCAACAAGAGAUGCGCUACGAAAGCCCGGUGCGGAGAUCGGUAAAGCGAAGGCAAACACACGCCACCAGUGUUACUCUUCCCACUGCAUCGACAGAUGAGUUACCCACGGUAAAGCAAGAGAGGGUCAACGGCGAUCAUUGCCAUAGAGAACACAUUGACGUUAGGGACUGUGACGUUAUGUUCCUCUUGAGUUUGAAAGAGACGCUUAAAUCGCUGCCACCGAGGAAAAAGAGAUUGGCGCAGUUGAAGUUCCAACAAGUUCUCUACGAUCUAGAAUUUGGCGAUGAUGUGUCGAUGACUGAUUGUACAUAGGGUUCGAUAACCAUGACGUACCGAUAUGACGGUGCCCCAGCGCAAGGGAAUAAUGAACAUGUGGUUUGUUUCAUCUGUAUUAUCAUCAUAAUCCUAUCGUCCACAUAACUAUUUUUAUUAAAAGAUGCCUCCAAGCCCUUCAUUUCACUGUGAAAAUAGACCAAAAGCCAGGGGACAUCUGUUUUGUGAUUGU